UCUCCCCCGGGGGCCGUUCAGGAAGCCGUGGAGGUAGCUUUAGAUGCUGGAUAUCGGCACGUCGACUGUGCUUAUUUUUACCAGAACGAGGCCGAGAUCGGAGCAGCCCUUCAGAAGAAGCUGGGGGAAGGGAGGCUGAAGAGAGACGAGCUUUAUGUGGUGAGCAAGCUGUGGAACAGCUUCCACGCCCCACAGGAUGUGAAGCCGGCUUUCCUGAAAAGCCUGACGAUGCUGAAGCUGGAUUACCUGGAUCUCUAUCUCAUGCACUCUCCAAUGGGCUUUCCGAAUAUCAACGGGGAGCUCAUGCCUCAGAAAGACGGCUUGCUUCUGCAGUCGGAUGUGGACUACGUGGACACCUGGAGGGCGAUGGAGAAGCUGGUGGACGAAGGCCUGGUGAAAUCGAUGGGGGUUUCCAACUUCAACGUCUCCCAGCUGGAGAGGCUGCUGUCCGUGUGCAGGAUCAAACCUGCCGCCAACCAGGUGGAGCUGCACCCCUACCUGACCCAGCCCGAGCUGGUGGAGUACUGCAAAUCUAAGGGGAUUGUCCUCAUCGCAUACAGUCCCUUCGGCUGCCCUGCCCUGCCCUGGGAGCCGGAUUCCAGUCUGGCUCGGGUAUCCCUGGGGGAGCCGCCGCCUGCAUUCCAGCAGGAGCAACUGCCUUGUGAGCGUGGGCGCCGGAAGGAAGCCAGGGUGGCUCUGGGAUCCCGGG